UCUGAUGACGAUGCAAGUGAACUGACAUGUUAUCGCAAAUUUGCAAAGGUACUCGAUGAAAUCUUAGAUAACAUCAUGUUAGACAUUCUGGAUGGAGAAAGAGUAUCUAAAGCUUCCAAGACCGUGGCCAAAAACCUAGAAAAAACAUAUAAUUCAAGCAUUCCUUUGCACAAUGGUUUUGGUAGAAGAAUCGACUUGAUUCUUGCGACGAAAGAUAUAGAGCUGUCCACGAGCGAGUGGAAAAAGAAGAAAACUCCUGCUGCCAAAUGUCUACAACAACAAGCGAAGAACAUCAGAAUCAACAAGGCAAUCUUGAGAUACUUUUUGGACCUUCCUAUCUCUGAAACUGACAAGAGCAAGGUGAUAACAGUUGGUAUGGAUUGGACGGGUAACAUGGGGUACAUGUUUGCUGUCAAGCCACUUGAUGAUGUCUUUGUCACCAGAACACUUUACACACUCACUAUACCCACAUAUAUUGAUAAACUA